GUAUUAUCGACCUUUCUGAAAUUGUUGGAGAUCUUGAUGGUGUAUUGCAAUAUCUCAAGGGCUUCGUACUCGGAGAACAUUUUCAUGUAAACGCUGUGUGGUCAGCCGGCCAGGCUUGUAGCACGAUAAAUUGCAUCCAACCAGCCACCGGCUGUCAGCCAUGGAUGAACAUGCUGUGGAAAGAAGCAACUUGCUCAACACAGCAAAGCUGGCGAUCAAAUCUCUGAUUGAAACCUCAAUGGCCAGUGGGAUAACUUCUGUUGACGACUCAAACGAUCAGCUUCGUCAAUUUUUCGUCGUCAUGGAGCACGUUUUACAGCAUGGCAUAAAACAGAAACGUAGCAACAUCUUGGGUCAGAAGCGUUCAUUCUUCGCUGUGGCUGAGGCGAUGGAGAGAUAUGUGGCAGGCAGUGGAGAGACUUUGCUGAGUGUACGUAACAUGCCGUCCAUUCGCACAAGUCUGGGCCGUGCCCGUGCAUGGCUGAGGCUAGUGGUCAUGCAAAAGAAACUGGGUGACUUUGCCCGCGAGCUGGUAGAUCGUCGAGAUGUGAUCGAGGAGUGCUACGAGGACUAUGCGUUCUUAGCUAGCGACGACGCGUCAGUCAUUUCCGGCAUGCUACUAGGCCUCAGCGUUUUGGAUUGCAACCUCGACAUUCGCCGCGAAGACCUAGACAAUUUAUCAGCCGUUAUCGAUUUCAGCCGAUUUCUCAAGGAGGGCAACUAUCUGACGAGAUCCGGCCAGGAGCGGUCCGGCAGUCCCAGUGCUGGUGCUGGGGAGAGUACCAUGUCGCAAGGUGACUUGUCUCAGCUCCUUGAUCAGAAAGCCUAUCUGGAAGAAAUGAACACGAAGCUAACGACUAGUGUGGACGACUUACAGUCACGGCUGAGUAUCGCACAGAAGUGCAAUGACAAGCUGCAGGCCGAGCUUGAUCAAACUGCCAGUCGCAUGAAUACGAUCAGCGAGAAACACGAACAGUUUGUCAACACGUCUUCAGAUCAGCAUGCCGGACUCGGCAAGAAGCUGGAGGAGGUGAAAAAGGACAUUGAUGCCGAGCGGCAGACGUACGAGUCUGCUCGUCAGGGCCUCAAUGAGAUGUACACAGCCGUGCAGAAGCAACUGGAGACGGAAAUCAAGAUGCGGGAAGAGCUGGAACGUGAGAUUGAGCUGCAGAGAUCUAUGAAAGGAGAGAGCGAGACGGCUAUGCAACUCAUGGAGACCGCUGUUCACGAGAAGCAGGACACUAUCACAUCACUGCGUCGGCAACUGGAUGAUGUCAAGAAGGCCAACCUUGCUGUGAACGAGCGUCUGCAAACCAGUGAGGAGACCGGCAAGGCCAAGACAUCUCAGCUCGACAUGCUGACAAUCUCGCACACUCGGCUCACUGCCGAUAGCGAACGCCUUCAGACGCAGGUAACUGCUCUCGAUCAGCGCUCCACCGCUGCUGAAGACACGCUGCAGCAGCUUAGUACUCGCUACGCCGAUCUGGAGGUCAAGAAGGCGUCUGCGGACGCCGAUCUGGUGAUUGAGCGUCAGUGGCGUUCAUCGGUUCAGACCGAGCUAGAGCAAGAACGCACCAAGCUGCAAGUGGCCAAUGGAGAGUUGGAGCAGCUGCGUGUCAUCAAGACCCAGUUUGUGGAGUUGCAACGCAAGUAUGCCGACCUUCAGGAGCUGUGCUCCGGGCAGGAGCAGACGCUGGUUGAGCUGGGCAGUCGCCUGCAGCUGUCCAAGCAGGAAGCGGAGGACAUGCGCGAGCGGAGCGAUCAGCUGAAGCAGUCCGCCUGGGCUGACGACAAGCAGGUGACCAGCUGCCGCCAGUGCGGCCAGGGCUUCAGUGUGGCGCGGCGCAAGCACCACUGCAGACAGUGCGGCAUGAUCUACUGCAAUGCGUGUUCCGACAAUCAGAUGGUCCUUGCCGCCUCGUCUAAACCAGUCAGAGUGUGUGAUCAUUGCUAUACUUUGCUAUUGCAACCGACGAAGAGCUCCUAGCCAACUGGCUAAAGCUAGCUCUAUCCAUUCGGAUACAGCCUUUCUUUGACCACAUCAUGCUACGAAAAUUAGUCGUCCACCGUCUGAUGUGUGUGCGCUGUGUGUGUGUGUGUGUGUGUGUGUGUGUGUGUGUGUGUGUGUGUGUGUGUGUGUGUGUGUGUACAUAUUGUAAAUUUCCUAGUGAUAUUUUCAUAUCUCAUGUUUCCUUUAUAUCAAAUCAUGUUGAUCAUGUCAUACUUUUACAAAAAAAUCCUGAUUACGAAUCACUCAUGGUUAUUCAAGUUUAAUACGAAUCACUCAUGGUUAUUCAAGUUUAAUCCAAACAUGUCUUGCUGUCAAACUUAUAAUGCCGAAGUCGCUUCUUCCAAGCUAAUUGUUUCAUGUGUUUGAGCCAGGAUUUCCCGCCUCCCGGUUUCCCCCCCCCCCCCCCCCCCCCCCUAUCUAUCGUCUAUCAUUCGAAUUUGAGCACUUUCCCAGGAGUCACCACAACAUUCUGUGUAUCUAUCGAUUGCGCUCUCUCACUCGCUCGUAUGUCAUUUUUGAUCGGCUUUCUUUCUCAAUUUGAAUGUUGAUUUUCAUCACCCAUUGCCAGGCUUGUUGUAUGUGGAUGCUUCAAGUACAUGCAGCGCAUAUCGUACUUCUUUGCCGCUGACCAUUUUUUCAGUUGCUUGACUUCUCACAUGUGUAUGUAUGUGACUGUACAUGUACAGUGAAAACUGAACACAGAACA